CGGAAGUUGUUGAGGAGUCGUUUCCGGGGCAGGGUGAGGUGGAGGAAGAUUCCGAAUGGGUCGCAGCCGCAGCCGCUCCCCACGGAGGGAGCGCAGGCGGUCCCGGUCCACAUCCCGUGAGCGAGAACGCAGGCGCCGAGAAAGGUCCCGGUCCCGGGAGAGAGAUCGGCGAAGGAGCCGCUCUCGAUCCCCGCACAGAAGACGCUCCAGAUCCCCAAGACGACAUAGAUCCACAUCUCCUUCCCCUUCUCGACUGAAAGAAAGAAGAGAUGAGGAAAAGAAAGAAACAAAAGAAACAAAGAGCAAAGAACGCCAGAUUACUGAGGAGGACUUAGAGGGCAAAACAGAGGAAGAAAUAGAAAUGAUGAAAUUAAUGGGAUUUGCCUCUUUUGACUCCACCAAAGUAAGUAAAACACAUAGCCAGUUAAACAUUCUGAUUUGAAUUAAUCCAUUAUUACUGUCACAUUUUUCCAUAUUCUUUUAAUGUUGCUUAUAAUUUCUUCCAUUCAUACAAGUUUUUUCCUUUAGAAGACAUGAAGUAUCUGUGUGAAGGGCAUUGAGAGCACAGAGAAGGAAGCACUGAGCUGCCGUUAGAAUUCAGGGAGUGUUUGCCUGAUGUUUAAGUUUGAUCUUCAAGGUGAUCAGAUGAAGAGGAGGAAGAUCAUUUGAAGUAGAGGGAAGAACUCAUGAAAAUGCUGUAUGUAGGCAUGAAGGAGCAUAGUGUAUUGUGGGAAUUUCAAAUUCAGUGACUGGUAAAAGGGUGCUGAUAGGCUGGUGGCUCUGAAUGAGGCUAGAAAGUGGGAUAGGAAGCAAAUUGUGGAAGCUUUUGAUACUCUUAGACAUACCAAGGAAUUUAGAGUUAAUUCUUUAGGUGUUGAGGAGAGGAAGCAAUGAUAUGUGCAUUUAGAAAGAUGAGCCAGGACAACAUGGAGGACAGAUGCGAGACAGGUUAGAUUGGAGGCAGGGAGAACUGCUGGGUCAUGCAAGUGAAAGAUGAUGAAGGCCUUAACUGAGGCCAGAAUAUUGAGUCUGCUCAGGAGCCAGAGUUGGUGGUGGUGGUUGUGGUAGUGGGAGUGAGUAGUCAGUGGUGACUCCAAAGUGACAGGCUGAAAGACUGGGGGAUAGGGUUAACCAAGAAAGGGUUCUGGGAAGGGAAAGUGCUGUGAAACAAGAAUGAAGUUCAGCUGCAGAGAACGAUGACAUUGGGUAGCUGUAUAUAUCUCAUAGCUCAGAAGGGGGAAGGAUUGGAAAGUGAAUGCUGUCUAGCCUUGAUCUUAAUACUGAAGAG